GUAAAUCUCAGCCCUAGGCCCGGGAAACAAAAAGUGUUCAGAGCAGGCAUCAUGGCCGAGUCAAAUCCUAUAAGUACUGACUAGUAGUCAAGAGUAUAUACCUCGAUUGGACAAUAGGAGCAGUUAUUACUCGUAUUCCCGUCUCCCUUUUUCCAUACAGAUUUCUCUUUUGUGUUACAGCAAUGAUCUCAACCGAAAUCUCUCCAGGCAAGCUGGUUGAUAAUAUAAUCAAUCAGCGGAUUCAGGAACUAGAUGAAAUUCAGCAUGACAUCCGCCACGAUCUUCCUUUCGUGGUUGCAGACGUGAAUCAGCUCUUCAAACAACAUCAGCGCUGGUUACAAUGCGUUCCUGAUAUUGUCCCUUUUUACGGUAAGUAGUCUUCACCAUCUUGUACAUCAGCACAAGGGCUGAGUGUAAAUAGCCGUCAAGUGCAAUCCCGACUUGAAGCUACUCAAAUAUAUGGCCAAGCUUGGGGCUGGCUUUGAUUGUGCUUCCUUGGGCGAAAUGCAACUUGUUUGUGAUUUAGGCAUUGAUCCCUCGAGAAUCAUCUUUGCUCAUCCAUGCCACGCUGUCUCUGCGCUACGAUUCGCCUCCAAACGGGGGGUCCUGCGGACAACGUUCGACAACAUCGAAGAACUGGAUAAAAUCAAAGAACAUGCCCCCAAUAUGAGGCUCCUGCUUCGGAUUUACGCCCAGGAUGAUACUGCCCUUGCGUGUCUUGGCGAUAAAUUUGGGGCACCGCUUGACACGACAUGGGCUUUGCUCCAGAGGGCAAAGGAACUUGGAUUGGAGGUUGAGGGCGUCAGCUUUCAUAUUGGAUCCGGCGCAUCUAAGCCCGAAUCCUUCGUGGCAGCCGUCCGGAACGCAAGACGGGUAUUCAAUCAAGCGGAGCACCUAGGAUUCGCCAUGAGCGUUUUAGACGUGGGGGGCGGGUUCCAAGAUUCAAACUUUGAAGUCAUGGCAUCGGCUCUCCGGCUCGCCAUUGAGAAAGAAUUCCCGGAUCCCAUUCAACUGAUUGCGGAGCCGGGGCGAUUCUAUGCGCGGCCCUUCUGUACUCUGCUGACCAAGGUCAUCUCUCGCCGACGACAGACAACCAGAUGCACGCAGGUGACGGGAUCAGACAUGCUGUAUUUGAAUGACGGCAUCUAUGGCAGUUUCAUGAAUGCCUUGACUGAAGGCGAGACGUAUAAUCCGUCGGUAGUUGUGGCAACGACAAAAUAUGGGGCCGACAGAAAGGCAGGCGAACAUGUAUACUCGGUUUGGGGACCGACAUGUGACGGACUGGACUGUGUGGCUAAGCGCAUAACGUUGGAGUGCGAGGCGAAACCUGGGGAUUGGUUGAAGUUUUCGGAUAUGGGAGCGUACACACUGGCAACUGCUACCCAAUUCAAUGGGUUCCCAAGCGACUGCAACGUCGUAUACGUCGCGGAGCACAUCUCAAGUGGACACGGAAAGCUGGUUGGGGUUUGCCGGGAGCAGGAAUGCGCCGAGGUGGCCAACGCCGAGGUGGUAGUGUGAAAGGAUAUGUUAGAAAACCCCUAAACCCCUCUCGCUAUUGAGAGAUCCAUGUCAGUAUGCUUUGGCUCCGUAGCUACAUUCCACAUUAUUGUCCAGUUGGUCUCAGAUCGUCCGAUUAUAUUGAUCGUACCCACCAGUCAGUGCAUGCAGGAAACGGAGCAGAGUACGCGGCGUACGGAGUGGACCGGAGACAAUCAUAGAGGAUCUUGAACAGCGACCUGCACAGUCUGUUGCCCUCUGGCGGGGUACGAAAGGAUGUACACAGUAAUCUUAAUUUAGUAGGAUCAGCGUGCAGGGGACCCUGAAGCAUUGAGAUUUUUUUUUUUCCCGCUCAUGCUGACGGCUAAAUCCGAAAUGUACAGAUGUCAGAUGCACUGCAGCCAAACUGAUUUUAGGUACUGGAAUCCGUAAACCAGAUCUGUCGGAGUAUGUAGACCUCCAAUCCGGCUCUCCACUUAGUCUACUCCGUA